AUGUCAAUAGACUCUUCUGUUUCAAUUAUAUCAUCAAGUCAAGAUUUGACAAUUGCAAUGUCAAAUAAUAGUCAAUUAUUAUUAGAUUCGCAUAAAUCUAAUCAAUUAUUAUUAGAAAAAAUGAUUGAAGGUGGAGCACCUCUUUCUUUAGUUGAUGCACAAAAAUUUAAAGAAUUUCAACAGAUGGCUGGACAAAUAUCUGCCAAGAUUAUCUUAUAA